GUAUCGCGAGAACUGCUUAGGCGUUCUGGCUGCGGAUGCGGAGCCGGGGUGUCUUCCGCGGAAACUGACGUUGCGUUUCCGUUGUCGGCCUCCGGGUGCAGUAUCACCUUCUCCCCCAAGUGUGACAGCCAAAGAUGUCUCCAGAUAUUGCCAGAUGUCCUCUUGGAAGCAAGAUCGCUCCGGGUUGAGAUCCACAGAGCUAAACGUUUUAGAGUACCAACCAUUGUGUGCUGUGAGGUAAAGGAGCCAUAUAUUGAAGACCAUGUCUGGGAGCUUCUACUUUGUAAUUGUUGGCCACCAUGAUAAUCCAGUUUUUGAAAUGGAGUUUUUGCCAGCUGGGAAGGCAGAAUCCAAAGAUGACCAUCGUCAUCUGAACCAGUUCAUAGCUCAUGCUGCUCUCGACCUCGUAGAUGAGAACAUGUGGCUGUCAAACAACAUGUACUUGAAAACUGUGGACAAGUUCAACGAGUGGUUUGUGUCAGCAUUUGUCACUGCGGGGCAUAUGAGGUUUAUUAUGCUUCAUGACAUAAGACAAGAAGAUGGAAUAAAGAACUUCUUUACUGAUGUUUAUGAUUUAUAUAUAAAGUUUUCAAUGAAUCCAUUUUAUGAACCCAAUUCUCCUAUUCGAUCAAGUGCAUUUGACAGAAAAGUUCAGUUUCUUGGGAAGAAACACCUUUUAAGCUGAAUGCAGAAAAUUCCAAAAUAAAUGAUGUCACCACAAUGGUGUAUACUCAGGAAUGUGUACAUUGUAAGUUACUUGAUUAAAUAGCCUGGAAAACUUGUGUAUUCUCAGCUUAUCUAAACCUAAUGAAAUUCCUUUUAUAUUUAAAAAUAGUACAUUCUGUCUCAUGUCACAUAUCAAUAGAUCAAUUGGUAUUUCCUUGUGAACAGUGUUAUUUAUGAAGAGCUCAUUAUCAAUAAUCAUGAUUUUUUUUUUUUUUUUUUUUUGAGACAGAGUCUUGCUCUGCUUGGCUCACUGCAACCUCCGCCUCCCAGGUUCAGGCGAUUCUCCUGCCUCAGCCUCUGACUAGCUGGGACUACAGGUGCGCGCCACCACACCCAGCUAAUUUUUGUAUUUUUAGUAGACAUGGGGUUUCACCAUAUUGGUCAGGCUGGUCCUGAACUCCUGACCUCGUGAUCCACCCGUCUCGGCAAGUGCUGGGAUUACAGGCGUGAGCUACCACGCCUGGCCAUGAAAUAAGCUUUUUGUUUUUUUGUUUUUGUUUGUUUGUUUGUUUUUAUGAGAUGGAGUCUCGCUCUUGUCGUGCAGGCUGGAGUGCAGUGGCACAAUCUUGGCUCACUGCAACCUCCACCUCCCGGGUUCAACCAAUUCUCCUUCUUCAGCCUCCCAAAUAGCUGGGAUUACAGGCGUGCACCACCACGCCUGGCUAAUUUUUGUGUUUUUAGUAGAGACGGGGUUUCGCCAUUUUGGCCAGGCUGGUUUCGAACUCCUGACCUCAGUUGAUCCACCCGCCUCGGCCUCCCAAAGUGCUAGGAUUACAGACAUGAGCCACCGUGCCCGGCCAGGAAUAAGCUUUUGACUUGCCCGAUUCAGAUAGGUUGAUCUUUUGUGUUUUUUUUUGAGAUGGAGUUUCGCUCUGUCGUCCAGGUUGGAGUGCAGUGGCAGUUGUUUCACUGUAACCUCUGCCUCCUGACUUCAAGCAAUUCUCCUGCCUCAGCCUCCCAAAGUGCUGGGAUUACAGGUGUGAGCCACCGUGCCUGGCCCAGAUAGGUUGAUCUUAAUGUAACAACCCAAAAAUAAAUGUCAUAGUCAAGAUUUGGUAGAUAAAUUUAAAAUUAAAAUAUUCUGCAGUUGAGAGUGAAAUGUGAUAGCACAUACAUUGAUGUUAUGCAUUUAAAGAUGUUAUAAAAAUGUAUAGGCAGUAUACACAGCACUACUCAAGAAGCCAAAGAAACACUUGUGCAGUGCUAAGUGUCACAUGUCUGCUUCUGCCAGAGGCUGGGAAUAGUGAUCCUGCUAUAAUGUGAGAACCCGAAUCAUGUUUAUAAAAUAGGAGGCUGGGAGCAGUUGCAGGCCACAGUGAAGUGUGUUGCUUCUGUCACUUUAUAUUCUUAUAUUUCCUUUCCCUCGGACAGUAAACUGUUGAUACUCGUAAAAAGUUGUAAUGCAAUUUUUAGUACUGUUGUCAAAGAAAAGUUUGGAAUCCAUUAACAUUUGUACUCAGCCUUUUAGGUUAUACACCAGAGGGGGCUGGGAAUUUUCUCUUUGUUCCUAUAAGUAGAUCUUACUGUAAAAUAGUAAAUGUCCAUUGGAAAGCAAGUAAUACAACCUGUGCUAAUUCGGAGCACUUGAACAAUUUUGUUCCAUUCUGAGUAACUUUUGAGCAAGUAAUUCUAAGCUUUGUCUUGUAUCCUUGUGUGAAAUGGCAUCAUUUUUACCCUAUUUGAUUUCUUAAAUAAAGAUGUUUUUUCAAGAU